AGAAAUCACUUUCCUCCGGCUCACCAAAAUGCCUCCCGCUCGUUUCCAGCCGUCUCAGAUCAAGAACAAAAUCAAAAGAGAGGAAGUAACCAACAAACAGAAAAAGGCUAAGAACCAGCAGAAACUCCAAAAACGACUAGAGCAGGCCAAGCUCGAGUCUACAAACCCAGCCGCAAAGAAGAGACGUUUGCUGGAGAAUGUCCCUCGCACUCUAGACAAUACUCGUGAACAUGAUCCAUCUACAGUCGUUAGCACGGAUGGCCCCUUGUCCCAUGAAUUCUCUUCGGAUAUAGCAUCUGAUCCCUUCGCCGAAUAUUUCACCUUCACGGACGUCGAUCCGACGGUUCCGCCAAAAGUGUUGAUUACGACCUCUCCAAAAGUAUCCAAGGGAACCCAUGAAUUCUGUGACGAGCUCGUUGGGAUCUUCCCCGGGGCUGAGUACAUCAGACGAAAAAAGGGAAAAGGUUUCGAAGUGGGCAGAAUAGCGGGUUGGGCUGCAGGGCGAGGAUACAAGCAUAUGGUGGUCGUUAACGAAGACAUGAAAAAACCGAAUGCUAUAACCCUCAUAUACCUGCCUAAUGGUCCCAUGGCAUAUUUCAAGCUUACAUCUGUUGAGCUCACGAAACAGAUCUAUGGCCAUGCCCGAGCCACUCCACACAACCCAGAGCUGGUUUUAAACAACUUCUCCACCAGCCUUGGACAUGCCGUCGGACGCAUGUUCCAGACACUCUUCCCUCCACUACCAGAGUUUCAAGGAAGACAAGUUGUAACGCUCCAUAAUCAGCGUGAUUUCUUAUUCUUCCGAAGACACCGAUAUGCCUUCCGCUCCACGGAAAAGGUCGCGCUGCAGGAAAUUGGCCCCCGGUUCACGCUGAAACUUCGUUGGCUCAAGAACGGGCUUCCGGCUGUUAUGAACUUUGGCGCGUCGCCAGCAUCACUGCAGAUCGAUACAGCGCCAGCUACAGACGAGGAUGAGCAAGCGGAACACGUGAAUGAGGAUGAGCAGGCAGAAGACAAGGACGAGGAAAAGCCCGAAGAUGCACAAAACGAUGAGGUUGAUGAGGCUGAAGAACACACUCCCCACGAGUCCACAGCGCAGCCCUCCCAACCCAUACAACCGCCAAAAGAAAACGACUAUCUGUGGAUGUGGAAGCCCGAGCUGGAAACUACCAGACGGACGUUCUUCCUGUAG